AUGGCCCUGGGCGAGGAGCCGGCCGCGGGCGCGCUGGAGGACGGGGCGGAGGACGAGGCGCUGGCCCGCGGCGGCGCCCUCGAGGCGUUCGGCGAGAGCGCGGAGGUCCGCGCGCUGCUCGGCAGCCUGCGGAAGGUGCUCGGCGACCGUGCGGCCCGGGAGGGCGCCCUGGAGCGGUUCCGAGUAAUAAUGGACAAAUACCAGGAGCAGCCUCAUCUGUUGGACCCACACCUUGAAUGGAUGAUGAACUUGUUGUUGGAUAUAGUGCAAGAUAAGACAUCUUCAGUUGACCUCAUACAUCUGGCUUUUAAAUUUCUUUACAUCAUUACCAAGGUUCGAGGAUAUAAAACAUUUCUUCGUUUAUUUCCUCAUGAAGUGUCCGACGUACAACCUGUUUUAGACAUGUUUACAGAUCAGAACCCUAGAGACCAUGAAACCUGGGAGACCCGCUACAUGCUUUUACUGUGGCUCUCUGUGACCUGCCUGAUCCCUUUUGAUUUUUCACGCCUUGACGGGAACCUCACUCAACCUGGGCAAAUGCGAAUGUCCGUAAUGGACCGUAUUCUCCAAAUAGCAGAGGCCUACUUGGUUGUCAGUGACAAGGCCCGAGAUGCAGCUGCUGUCCUUGUGUCCAAGUUUGUCACACGGCCUGAUGUCAAGCAGAAGAAGAUGGCAGGUUUCCUGGACUGGAGCCUGCACACCUUGGCCCGCUCUUCCUUCCAGACCAUCGAGGGGGUCAUUGCCAUGGAUGGCAUGCUGCAGGCCCUGGCACAAAUAUUUAAGCAUGGAAAACGUGAGGACUGUUUACCCUAUGCUUCCACCGUUCUCGAGUGCCUGGAGGGCUGCAGGCUCCCUGACAGCAACCAGACCCUGCUCCGUAAACUUGGAGUGAAGCUCGUGCAGCGGCUGGGACUGACGUUCCUGAAGCCCAGGGUAGCGAAGUGGAGGUACCAGCGUGGCUGCCGCUCGUUGGCUGCUAACUUGCAGCAUUGCGCCCAGAGUCAGAAAGAGUCGAAGGUGCACAUGGAGACUCCCGACAGCGACGGAGACUAUGACAUCCCCGAGGAGGUGGAGAGCGUGAUAGAGCGGCUGCUGGUCGGGCUGAAGGACCAGGACACGAUUGUGCGGUGGUCUGCAGCCAAAGGAAUUGGUAGGAUCGCUGCAAGGCUUCCCAAAGAGCUGGCGGAUGACGUGGUUGGAUCUGUGUUGGAUUGUUUCAGUUUUCAGGAGACGGACAAUGCCUGGCAUGGUGGCUGUCUGGCAUUGGCGGAACUGGGCAGAAGAGGCCUAUUGCUCCCUUCCCGACUUGAGGAUGUGGUCCCUGUGAUCCUGAAGGCGCUGACCUAUGAGGAGAAGCGGGGUUCCUGCAGCGUGGGCACCAACGUUAGAGACGCCGCCUGCUACGUGUGCUGGGCCUUUGCGCGUGCCUACGAGCCCCAGGAGCUGCAGCCCUUUGUGGCCGCCAUUUCCAGCGCUCUGGUGAUUGCCACAGUGUUUGACCGAAACAUAAACUGCAGGAGAGCAGCCUCUGCUGCUUUCCAGGAGAAUGUGGGAAGACAGGGCACUUUCCCUCACGGAAUCGAGAUUUUGACUGCAGCGGACUACUUUGCUGUUGGCAACAGAGCUAACUGUUUCCUGGUUAUAAGCAUGUUUAUUGCCGGCUUUCCUGAGUACACACAGCCAAUGAUAGACCACCUGGUGACCAUGAAGAUCAACCACUGGGAUGGGGUCAUCAGGGAGCUGUCUGCGAAGGCUCUGCAUAACCUGGCCCAGCGAGCUCCCGAGCACAGCGCCACUCACGUUCUCCCACGUCUGCUGUCGAUGACACAGAGUCUGGACCUGCACACGCGGCACGGAGCUGUGCUUGCCUGUGCGGAGGUCGCCCGCGGCCUGUGCAGGCUCGCGGUACAAGAGAGCAGGCCCGUCGCAGACUACCUGGAUGAAGCGGCAGUGCAGGGCCUGAAGCAGAUUCACCAGCAGCUUUAUGAUCGUCAGUUAUACAGGGGUCUCGGAGGAGAACUCAUGAGACAAGCAGUGUGCAUUUUAAUAGAAAACUUGUCCCUUUCCAAGAUGCCUUUUAGAGGUGACGUCAUAAUUGAUGGUUGGCAGUGGCUGAUAAAUGACACACUGAGAAAUCUCCAUCUUAUUUCAAGUCAUUCUAGACAACAGAUCAAGGGAGCGGCAGUCUUGGCCCUGGCUGCUCUCUGCAGUGAGUACUACGCCCUGGAGACCGGGGAGGCGGAUCCUGCCAGGCAGGAUGAGCUGAUACGGCAGUAUCUCGCUGACCUGCAGAGCCCAGAGGAGAUGGCUCGCUGUGGCUUCUCGCUGGCCCUGGGUGCCCUCCCGCGCUUCCUCCUGAAAGGCAGGCUGCAGCAGGUGCUGGCAGGCCUGGGAGCCGUGACUGUCAUUCGUCCUGAGGAUGUGAGCUUUGCCGAGUCCAGGCGGGAUGCUUUGAAGGCGAUCUCAAGGGUUUGCCAGACAGUUGGCGUGAGAGCAGGAGGGGCCCCAGACGAGGUUGUGUGUGAAGAGAACGUCUCCCAGAUUUACUGCACCCUCCUGGGCUGUCUGCACGACUACACCACCGACAGCCGUGGGGACGUGGGCGCAUGGGUCCGUGAGGCCGCCAUGACCAGUCUGAUGGACCUGACACUCCUGCUAGGGAGGGAGCAGCCAGAGCUGAUCGAGGCCAGCGUCUGUCAGCAGGUCAUGUGUUGUGUAGCCCAGCAGGCGAGUGAGAAGAUUGACCGGAUCCGCGCACACGCCGCCCGCGUGUUCAUGGCUCUGCUGCACUCUCACGGCUCUCCUGUCCCACACGUGCCCCACCGAGGAGAGCUGGAAAAGCUCUUCCCCAGAUCCGACGUGGCCUCCGUGAACUGGAAUGCGCCGUCCCAGGCCUUCCCUCGCAUCACCCAGCUCCUGGGGCUGCCCACCUACCGCUACCACGUCUUGCUGGGGCUGGCUGUGUCCGUGGGUGGCUUGACCGAGUCGACGGUUAGGUACUCGACGCAGAGCCUCUUUGAGUACAUGAAGGGGAUUCACAAUGACCCGCAGGCCCUGGAGGGCUUCGGGGGGACCCUCCUGCAGGUCUUUGAGGACAACCUUCUGAAUGACAGGGUGUCUGUGCCGCUGCUGAAGACGCUGGACCAGAUGCUGGCCAAUGGGUGCUUCGACCUCUUCACCGCAGAGCAGGACCACCCCUUCAGUGUGAAGCUGCUUGCGCUUUGUAAGGAGGAAAUCAAGAAGUCCAAGGACGUGCAGAAACUGCGGUCUAGCGUUGCGGUGUUCUGUGGGAUGGUGCAGUUCCCGGGCAACGUGAGGAGGAAGGUGCUCCUGCAGCUGUGCCUUCUGCUCUGCCACCCGUUCCCUGUGAUCCGGAAGACCACGGCUAGCCAGGUGUACGAGAUGCUGCUCACCUACGGUGACAUCAUGGGUGAGGACGUCCUUGAUGAGGUCAUGACUGUGCUGGGCACCACGGCCUGGGACGCAGAGCUCCCGCUCGUGAGAGUCCAGCGGAACCGCCUGUGUGACCUCCUUGGUGUGCCCAGACCUCAGCUGGUCCCCAAGGUAACCGCAUGGCCCUUGGCCCUGUGAGACGCGGGGGCCCUUCCCACGCGAGCCACCAUUCUGAGCUCGAGUCUGGAACGUUCUGGGUUGUACUGACCGGCUGGUGUGUUUCCCCACCCUGCCGGCCCCUCGUGUGCUUUGCCAGCUCCUCCUCAUAGGCUCCUGCCUGCCUUGUCCCCACCAGGCACGUGUCAGGUGUGUCCUGUGGGCACGACAUCCAGGACAGGCCCUCUGCCUGGCAGGUGGCCGUCCUGUGCUGCCAGCCCUCAGCGGAGUUGGCAGUGACCGAGCUCGCUCCUCUCACAUGAGGUCCUCGGUGCUGCUGUCUGGUUUCCACCAUCACCACCCCCCCCCGACACUUGUCCUGCCUGGGGACUUUGUCACCCCCAGAGUCUCUGGGGCUGCCCAGUGAGGUGUCAGUCUUUUCCAUGGUGUUGGUGUGUGCACAGUAGAUGCAGUUUUCUGAGCUCGCAGGGCCCCAAGCUGUCCUUCCAGGUUCUGCGUGGCUGUUGGGAGAUUGUAGGCUCUUGCGUGUGUGCUUGCAGGGGAUCAGGGUGGACUCAGGCUGUGGGCUCCACUGGAGCUCAAGUGUAGGGCACACCCGCAUGUUCCGUGAAUGCUGGGCUCAGAGGCGGUUCCUCGGCCCCACGGUGCUCCUGAUCCUGCCUCGCUGGCCGUAUUCCCCUGGACCUGGGUUGGACCCUCACUGCUUCUGAGCUUUUACCGAGCAAGAACAUCCAUGCAGAAGUGAGCCUUGUCCAGCUUUGUGCACACGAGGGACGAGCACCUGGCUCAAGGGUGGAGCCUCCUGGGCUGGCUGCUGGCGGCACGUGCUGCUGCUGGGCUGGAGGGUUGCUGCCUCAGGUGCUGGCGGGCAGGUUCCAGAACGUGCUUGCGUUGCAUGUGCUGUGCGUUGUUGUGAUUGUUGGCGUGUGCGUCCCCUUCUGUGCUUUUUCUGGGCUGUCUGAUGCAUAUGGGCUCUAGACUUGCAUCUGCAGGAUCUCCCCCUCUGGGGGCAGCUUUCUCAUCCCUAGGUUUCAUAGGUUCCAACUUAACCCUUUCUUCCCUAUUGUUUCAUGGGCCUGUUUAAGGUCUUUACCGAUUCUAAGGUUGUGUCUCCUCGGUGUGUCUUAAAGCUUUAUUGUUUCGUCUCCUACAUUUAGAUUUGAGGCCACUCUGGACUGGCGUUUGCAUGUGGUGCUGGGGAAAGGCCAGCAGAUGUGUCUUCCGUGCGCAGUCCAUGCAGCUCCAUUCUGGCCAGUGUCACCGUGGCUAAAGUUGGGCCACACGUGGGGCUCUCCUCUUGGAGAGAGGAGAGAGAGGAGACACCUCUUGGGUCCUCUGUCCUCCAUGACCUCUGUCUGUAAGCCAGACACAGGAGGGUCUUGUGGGAUGUUGUCGUGCUCACGUGAGUCCGUCUCCAGUUCUAUUUUUCUAAGACCAUCUUGACUCUUGGCUCUUAGGGUUUCAGAAACCCCUGCAGAACAGUCUCAUCAAUUUGCACCAUGGAACCAGCCGGGCAUUCGGCUGAGGGUGGCUCGGAGCCUGUGGGUCCACCUGGCAAGGACAGAUGUCUGUGAUGCUGAGGCUUGCAGCCUUGAGCACACAGAAGCGCUUUGUGCUUUAUGGAUUUUGGAGAAGGGAUGCCACACUGUUCUGUAGCUGUCCCACAGCUCCUGGAAUUCUAUUUGUUUUUCCAUUCUUUUCUCUCUUGGCAUUUCAACUUGGGAAGUUUCUGUCGACCAAUCUUCAGGUUGAUGGAUUCUCUCUCUGACGACGUCUAGUCUUCAUUUCUGUUACUGUGUGUCUGAUUUCUGGCAUUUCCUUUGAUUCUUUCUUAGACUUUCCACUUGUGCUUUCACUGCCCGUCUGUCCUUGGUGGCAGAGCUCCUGGCACAUUAACGAUAGUUGUUUUAAACCCCAUCUGGUCAUUCCAACUCUGCACGUCUAAGUCUGGUUUUGAUCUUGGUACCAUCUUCCCCAACUGCUUUUUCUUGCCUCUUAGCACGUUUUGUAAGUUUUUCUUGAAAGCCAGACACGUUGUGCCGGUAACAGGAACUGAGGCAAGUGGGGCUCAGGUCUGUGAAGGUCUGUCUGUCCGGCAGGGGCCCCUGUGUGUUUGGUACCGCAGCAGCCUCUAGAGCUUUGAACUUCCCCAGCACGUUGCGUCCCUGCACUGUCCCCCUCCGAGGAUUGGUGUCUAGGUGCUCUGUGAGAGCGGACCCAUGGCUGUGACCCUGGAGUCCUGCAGGAGAGGUGGCAGGAUGUGGGGCAGUUUGCAGUCAUCUGAGCAAACCUCAGCUUUGGUGGGCUCCCCGCCGUCCCCCUGCAGGUACCAUGGGCUCCGGUCUGUCCCCUGGAGAGGAGACCCUCGGGCUGGAGACGCCCGGGUGCGACUCACAGCAGUCACCUGCCAGAGUGCAGGGGGCUUUCCAGGUUUAUGACCAGGUGAACCUGCGGGCUCCCCCCAAGAUGGCACCCCCAGAGUCUUGCCCUCCUGCUAGCUCACACGGCCUCCGGCAGCUUGUCGAGUCGGCACUUAGGCGUGCCUUCCGCUCUGUGGUGAGCUCCAGCAGCCUCUGCUCCAGGCAAAGUCUGCGUUUGUCCAGUACAGCGUUGGGGGGGUUCCACGGAUGAGGCUGUGAACAUGCAGCUGUUGCCCGAAUGCCCUCAGGCUUUCCAAACCUGCCUGCCCGCUCCUCGUUCUGACGUCUCGGCAUUGCGGUACAUUGCAAGUGACCUUACAGUCACUUGGAAAUACUCUGCCUGUAAGAAUGCUCUGUGCCCUCAGGUCUGCUUUGUCUGAUGGUAAUGCGGCCACACUGGAUUUUUGGUUGUCGUUGACACGUUUUCCUUUGUGUUUUCUUACAUUUAAGCAGAUCGCUUAUAAAUGAUAAUUAGGUCUUAUCUGUUUUUAAUCUACUUCAAUUAUCUCAACUCGUUGGAGUAUUUUGUGUCCUUCUAUGUAACGUGAUUACGAUUCAGUUGGGUUUACGGCUGCCAUCUUUGAUUCUCGUCUGAUCUCACAGUUUUCCUGCCGGUCUGCCAGUGAGGACUGUGGGAGCCCGGCGGUGUGAAGGGGGGGUGGCGCCAGCCGCCGUCCCAGCACGUGACCCCCUGCCAGCCUUCCGAGCAGCCUCUUUCCUGUGUCCUGUCAGCUUUUCAGUCUUUCAUCCUCUGGGCACCUGGAAUCACGCUGUUAUUUCUGGGAUGGUUUUCCUGCUCCCUCUGGUGCCACGUGGUGCCUGUCUUCUCUCAGGCCCCCCGUUGGCACCGUGAGGGGUGGGGACGGCAGGCCAAGCACAACAUUGGCUUUCCAACUAAAUGUGCCGUUUAUGCUUUUAUCAGGAAAAUCUGACACACAGGUAGAUGAAAACGGGGGGCAGAGUACCGGGGACCUCCCCACUGCUACCCAGGUCGUGUCGGCCACGGGGCUCGGGGGGGGGGGGCGGUACUGACCUUGUG